UCAUCAAACAGCAAUCCCAAAUACUUUCAAAUUAGGAGCAUCUAUUUCCUGGGAUAAUACACAAAGGGAAAAGCUAUAAUUAAUGGCCCUCCUCAAACACCUCCUCCUCUCAUUCACAAUUAUCAUCAUUUCUUUUGUUGCUUGUUAUAGCACCUUGCAAGAGGACCCACCUAGUAGUAUUAUAUAUAUUGAUCAUUCACCUUCUAUUGAUGAUGGUAGGACAUUCAAGAACUUGAUCAAGCAAAGCACAAAUGUUUUGAGCCUAAACAGGUUUGACAAGCGUAGUUCGCUUAAAAAGCUUAGUGUCAAUGAUUAUGGAGCUAAGGGGAAUGGUGAUGCUGAUGACACAGAGGCUUUCAAGAAGGCUUGGGAUGUAGUAUGUUCUUCUGGGGAAGCAAUUCUUGUGGUGCCUCAGGCUAAUUAUCUGCUCAAACCAAUCAGAUUCUCUGGCCCUUGCGAACCUAACGUUGAAGUCCAGAUUUCUGGAACCCUUGAAGCAUCAGAUGAUCCAUCAGAUUACGAGGAUGACAGAAGACACUGGCUUGUAUUUGACAAUGUUAAGAAACUAUUUGUUUAUGGUGGUGGAACCAUUGAUGGAAACGGCAAGAUAUGGUGGAAAAACUCAUGCAAAAGGAACAAAAAGCGCCCUUGCAAGGAUGCCCCAACGGCUCUGACUUUCUAUAAUUGCGAGGACUUGACAGUUGAGAACUUGAGCAUAGAAAAUGCUCAACAAAUCCAUGUUUCAUUCCAGGACUCCGUGAAUAUUAAGGUUUCUGGCCUUACCGUGACCGCACCAGAGGAUAGCCCCAACACUGAUGGGAUUCAUGUCACCAAUACGCAAAACAUCCAAAUCUCAAGCUCUGUUAUAGGAACUGGUGAUGAUUGCAUAUCUAUUGUACAUGGAUCCAAAGAUGUAGAAGCCACAGAUAUUACCUGUGGACCAGGUCAUGGUAUCAGUAUUGGAAGCUUAGGGUCCGGAAAAUCCAAGGAAUUUGUUUCAGGAAUACGAGUGAAUAGAGCCAAGAUUUUUGGAACUAAAAAUGGAGUUAGAAUCAAGACAUGGCAGGGAGGUUCAGGAAGCAGUGCUAGCGACAUCCAGUUUCAGAACAUUGGAAUGGACAAUGUGACCAACCCCAUAAUAAUUAAUCAGAAUUAUUGUGACAAAAAAAAGAAGCCAUGCAAAAAAAUGCUCUCGAGGAAAUCCGCGAUCCAAAUCAAGAACGUGUUGUACCAGAACAUAACGGGCACAAGUGCUUCUGAUAUAGCUGUGAAGUUUGAUUGCAGCGAUAAAUUUCCAUGCGAGGAGAUAGUGUUGCAGAACAUAGACCUCGAAUGUGAAGGAGGAGAUGAUGCCGAGGCUAUGUGUAACAAUGUUGAAUUGUCUUACUUAGGAAACGUUAGGCCUCGUUGCAACUCAAAAAAGAGAAAGGCAUUUACUACUAUUACCUCCAUAUGGAAAUACUUCUCAUGGUAUAUAUGAAGCAUAUGAAUAUGAUACAAAAAAUAACUCAUGUACGUACAUUGCUAGCUGUGUAUUUAUAUAUAUAGCCGACUAAUAGGACAUCGAUUAAUUGAUUUGUAGCGAAUAAUGUGAUUCUUUGAGCAAUGAUUGUGAUAAUCAGAUAUUGUUAUUAUUUGUCACAUGU